AUGCAGAUAAUAUUUAAAGAAUUGCAUUUGGUUAUGCUCAACUUAAUGGAUUAUGUAGAUUACAUAGAUGAAAAAGUAAAAUAUUUAUUUGAUACAAAUAAAUUACAAUCAAUUAGGAGAAGAGAAUAAAUUACUUUAGUAUAUUUCCAUUUUCUUUGACUUAAUAAAAUUGAAUAUCAUGUACUUUUGAAUAUAUGUUUAGCUACUUAACCAAAACCGUAAUUUAUUGAAAUUUACAGCAUAGCACUACUCAAAAUACAAGUGUUUUUGA